CCGGACUCCCCGAUCGCGGAAACGGAAGCGUCCCGCCAUCUCCAGAGACCCGAGCCCCCCAAACGCUCGGGCAAGGCGAAGAGUCCGGACCCCCUGAUGAACGGGGAGGCCCAGCCCCCCAGCCCUGCUGUGAACGGCCUGGAGGGGCCCCGCGCAGCCGUCUCAGAGCCUCAGCCCGGGACCCCCGGCGAGGACCCCCACGGCCUCUCCGCCACAAAAGUGGCCAAGGCCGUCCGCGGCCUGGUCCACAAAGUGCUUCCUGGAGAGGACGCUGAAGGCGCCAAGGAGCCCCCCAAGCCUCCCAAGGGCCCCCAGCCCGGGAAAAAGCAGGAAAAGGCUCCCCGCAGGGUCCUCUCCCCGGCCCCCCGCCUGCUGUCUCCCCCUCCUCGGCCGUCUCCGUCCCCGAAGCCCCAGCCCAAGGAGGCGGCCCCCCCGAAGGACGACCUCUCCGUGGGGCUGAAAAGCCUGAUGUCCAGAGCCAAGAGUCGGGAACACCGGCCCCCCUCCCGGCAGCAGCGGGGGAAGAAAGAGGAGGCGGCCCCCCCUGAGAAGACGCAGCCCCCAGCCCUUCCGGAAGGGAAGCCCUCCCAGGCCCAAAGCCCCCCGGAGGCUCAGCCACCAUCCGGAGGCCUGGCAAAGCCAGCCAGCCAGGAAGCCCGUCCUGCCAGCCAG